UUGAUAAUGAAAACAAUAUAGUUUCUUGUUAUUUUAACGCUAUUUCAGUAUUUACGGUCCUUUGAAUAUAGCGGAGUGUUAAAAUAGUCUUUUCUGUGUUUUAUACAGUGUGAAUGCUAUGGGGAAACAAACGAAAUCCGACGCGGACGAAUCGAGCCGUAUGUGGGCGAGUGCGUCCUUCGUGGGCGUACUCAUAAUCAUCGGGUUACCCCUUUGGUGGAAGACCACUGAAGUUUACAGGGUAUCUCUUCCGUAUGGCAAGAUCGCAGCUUUCGAUUCGCGGUCUCACACGGUCGCUACCGAGGUGACGGUGAUGGCGAAUGAUGACGCCACGGCAUCAGAAAUCGCUGGACUCAUUGAGAAGUCUUUUGAGGAUUCGCCUACCCUAAAAAUCAAAGUCACCAAAACCAUUCUCUCUGACUCUCUUCGCAACACGCUAGAAUCUGUAGCAGAUGACCCAGAAGCGAUAGAAGAGAUAACGGCAAACGUCGAUGUGAACAAACCUAACACGCUGUAUAUCGUACAGAGGACGCCACUGUUCCAACAAGUGUGGCUCAGUACCGAGCGUGUCAUGUUCUUCAGGGAUUCUACAGCGGGCCCAACCGUCGUCGAAGCCCUCAAAAACUGGGUCUACCAGACCUCAGUUCUGCAAGCCGCUUUUUCCGAAUCGGAUGAGGCGCGACGCACUAGGUUCCCACCAGGAGGGGGGUACCAUGUCACUCUGUCUUUGGCCGUGCCUUCGCCGAAGACCAAGCUUCGAUUCCCAGCCAGGGAGGCUAUGGAAGAUUACAUCGGCACGUUUGUUGAUGAGCUGAGCGAGCUGCAUAACUUCACAUUAAAGUCCCAGUGGCUUUAUCUAUUAGACUUCGAUUUUAAGGCUAAAGAGAUAAAAGACUCAAGCGAAUACGGCCGCCACUUCGCGGUCCGCCAAGAUCGUCUCCACCUCUUACUGACCAAGAUAGAAGAACGCGCCGCAACGCACGUGUCACAGCUACCCACUAUCAACCUAGUGCUGUACGCCGUUCCGUGUGAGAGGGCGCCACUGGUCAUAUAUGAUGAUGAUACCCGCGUCCCUACCCCUGUGCAAGCCUUCAUGUCCCCGAAAUGGGGGGGAGUGGUGCUCGCCAACCCCAAGCCCGAGGAGUGUGGUGGGGAGGGGGAGGUGCAGCCCAACGUGCCGCGCGUCAUGGGCGCCUUUGUAGCGCAGCUGAGACCGCUGCUCGGUAUACCCGAUAUGGCCCACAUCCCCGAUGCUCAACUGGAUCCCCUGAGGUCAGUGACCCCGCGCCGUUGGGAGGUGGACGCAUUACUGCGUUUGCGGGUCGUGGAACAGAUCACCUCGGCAGAAAAGACUUUGCAGUCCUUAGCGCAGCUACUAGGUAAAAUCUCCAACAUCGUGAUAAACGACGAAGUAGGCGCGUCCAUCAACGGAGCCGUCGACGGCAUAGGCCUCGCGCGCGAGCAGCUAGCCAGAGGAGACCUAAUGGAGGCCUAUAACAGCUCGCGAGGGGCCCACCAAGCCGCCGAGACGGCCUUCAUGGAGCCUAGUCUACUGGCUUUGCUGUACUUCCCUGAUGAUCAGAAAUACGCCAUCUACAUCCCUCUUUUCCUGCCUGUCAUGUUCCCUGUGGUACUAUCUCUGAAGACCCUGCUGCUCUGGCUCCGAGGCAAACCUCUGCACAAGGAGAAGGCUGACUAACUAUACCAAAGUAUUAUGUAUUGCCUGGCAACAAAGUGUAGAAAAAAAUAGGGGCGCCACUGUCUAUGUCAACCGUUUUGCAUGUGGCAACAUUGUAUGAGAACAGUAAGUGUUGCCGUAAAAAAAAUAUAUAGUUUCAUUUUUACCUACUCUUUUUUGCCAAGAUUUAUUGUAAAUUAUUUGAUGCAUUUAGUGAAUAAAUGUGAUUUGUAAUA